AUGUUGGUCGAGCAAACAGUAGCUGCUCGACAACCCGAUGCGGAACGACAUUCGGCGAAUGAAGAUGAGGUACAGGAGCAGGUGCCGCAGCCGAGCAGCGAAGAGCACAACGCGAAAAAUGAAACGGAAGAGGAUCAGGAUGACGAGCAGGAACGUCAUGAGGAGCAUGAGGCAGCGCCAGAAAUCCCGGUUCUGCCAAUAAGAACCGUGAAUGACUUUUUUGUAUUGAACUCUAGCUGUGCCAGAAACGAAGAGUUUGUACAGCAAAUGGCGGAAGAAUUACAACAGGAGGUGGUCGCAUCGCAAACGAGAGCCCGGAACGUCAGCCGAGUGAUGGAGACGCUCGUCACGUACGACGUCCUUUGCCAAUUUAGCUGGAUUGGGAGAGGUGCCAUCACCGACUGUACGUAUUUAAGCGCAUUGUCGUCUCUCUCUCUUUCUCUUUCUGUCUCUCCCAAAAUCCGAAUUGAAUCUAAACUUCAUUUCUUUUCGUACUCUUUUCUCUUCAUUAGACACUCCCAAGCACAAAUUCGGGAACAAGACUGGCAGCAUCGCUCUGCUGUGAUAACGGGCGACAGUUCACGAGCUACCCGUGCAGCAUCCACGUCGCUCUUCGCGUGUCAGAGAACGCCACCGUGGAUGGAAGCGUACCGGCAGUAUUAA